GGACGCCGGCGUGGUGAUGAUCUUGAGCAGUUUGAGCACGUUGUCGCUCGAAGCUGUCAAGAGUGCGGCACCCGGCUGUCUUCUCUGGCAGCAGACGUACAUCUUCCGUGACCGAUCCAUUACCCAGUCCCUAAUCGAGAGGGCUGCUGCCAAUGGGUUCUCGGCCAUUGUGGUCACCGCGGACUCUCCCGUUCCUGGAGACUCUGUACUACGCCACUCGCAUCUAGCCGUCUUGCCACGUGGUUUCAGUUUCGCCAAUAUUGAGCGUGCAUUUUCGAAAGAACCGAAUGAAUGCGAGCCACGAGACAAAUACUCGAGUGACAUGGAUGUUCUACCAUCGGCUACUUGGGACGACAUCGAAUGGCUACGCCGUCACUCGAGGCUGCCAGUAGUCAUAAAGGGAGUUCUUACGGCCGAAGCAGCGCUCACAGCACAUCGGCACGGUGCAGCAGCCGUGAUCGUAUCCAAUCAUGGUGGCCGUCAACUGGACGGAACUCCGGUGACGAUCGAUGUCCUUCCCGAGAUAGUGGCCGCCGUGGGGGACAAGAUGGAGGUGUACCUGGACAGCGGAGUGCGCACAGGGGCCGACGUAGUCAAGGCACUUGCUCUGGGAGCUCGUGCGGUCUUCGUGGGGCGGCCGGUGCUCUGGGGACUCGCAUAUUACGGCCAGCAGGGUGUUGAACGCGUGUUGCAAAUAUUUAGGGAAGAACUGGUGCGCACCAUGCAACUCCUCGGUUGUUCCGACGUCAGGGACCUGUGCGAAGACUUUGUCGACAGAAAGGAAGGAAUGAAAAAAAUGAGCGGAAGGACAGGGAGGUUAGCCAGUUUUUAGACUGGCUGGCUACUCUGUGCUGAGAAAAGGGGUAAGGGAGAUAAAAUACGGCAAAAAAGAAGGUAGAACGCGAGAGAUAAGAGAGGCCAAAAGUAGCGAAAGAGGAAAAGCAAAAUAAAGAGAAUGGGACAAUAAAGUCUGUCUCUAAGGCCAGUUGUCCGCCAAA